AGUAUAAACGCAACUUCGAAGAAAUAUAGACACGAAGCCGUGCAUCACUGCGCGAAAAUCGCGAUAUUAUUGUGUUGUUUGUUGAAUUCGCCAAGGUCAAAAGAAUGUCUCGCUUUGUGAGCAUAUUAUGCACUUCAGUGUUUAUAUUUUUUCCUCAGUGUUUUGCCUCCAAAAUUCUCUGUGUGUUUCCAACACCAAUUCACUCGCAUUUUAUUUUUGCAUCAGGGCUUAUAAGGGGUCUAGUGGAGAAUGGACAUGAAGUGACAGUUUUGAGCAGUUUUAAUCUGGAUAUACCUGUUAAAACAUAUCGUCACAUCAAAGUUGCGACAGGAGCCACAAUUGAUCAAAGAGAUGCCAUGGAAAAAUUUCUUACUGAAGGAUGGUCCUACUUUGGAACCCUCAGACUUCUUAUAGACUCAGUUCGCCAAAGUCUGCAAGCAGCAAAUGCAACUCUUCAUACAGAGGAAUUCCAAAUGAUUGCUGAAGAGUCAUAUGAUCUGAUUUUAUUAGAAAUGUUUUUCAACAACUUCCUGAUUGGACUCGGUGAUCACUUUCACUGUCCAGUGAUCACGAUCUCAUCAGUACCACCGACGGAAAUAGUCAACGAAAUAAGUGGAAAUCCAUCCACUGUAGCGAUAGUGCCGCAUUUUCUCCUCGGCAAUGUCAAUGGAAUGACCUUUUUUAAUCGAUUACUGAAUUAUUUUUUCGUGACUGUAGAAAAGAUUAUUUGGAAAGUCAUCGACUGGAGAGAGGGAGUUUAUUACGAGGCAAAUUUUCCCAGUUCAAGAUACAAGUCAUUUGAAAAAAUGAAGAAGAACAUCAGUUUGUUCUUCGUAAAUGAUCACUUCAGUAUUAGUUCACCCAGACCUUACGUUCCGGCUGUCGUUCCAGUUGCAGGUAUCAACAUUAAACAACAACCUGAUCCACUACCCCAGAAAAUCCAAGAAUUUAUAGAUAAUGCAGAACAAGGAGUGAUAUACUUCAGCUUAGGCUCGAUCAUGAAGUCAACUUUCCUUCCUCCUAGGAUUCUAGAUACUAUUUUGAAUGUAUUCUCCAAACUUAAACAAAAAGUAGUUUUUAAGUGGGAAGAUGAUCAGUUGCCCAACCACCCGGACAACGUUUUGAUUGAGAAGUGGUUACCACAAUCUGAUAUUUUAGCUCAGAAAAAGGUUAAACUUUUCAUAUGUCAUGGUGGUAUGGGUGCCAUGAAUGAAGCCAAAUAUAACAGUAUUCCCGUAAUUGGAAUUCCCUUCUUUGCUGAUCAGAGAAGCAACUUAAUCACGGCACAACAGGAAGGCUGGGCCAUAGUAUUAGAUCUAUAUACGUUAACUGAAGAAAGUCUCUUAACAACUAUCAACCAAGUGCUUUACGAUCACAAAUACAGAAAUACUGUUCAGCACAUUUCAAAAGUAUUCAAGGAUCGACCCAUGACUGCACUGGAUACGGCUCUAUACUGGACGGAGUAUGUUAUUAGACAUAAGGGCGCUGCACAUCUGCAGUCUCGAGCCAGUCAUUUAAAUUGGAUGCAGAAAAUAUCUCUUGAUGUACUAAUUUUCUAUUUUGUGUUGAUGGUCUUAGCCUUCAAAGGGACCAUUUUUGUAUAUUUGAAAAUGAAAAAUAUUAAGAUAAAAUUGAGAAUUACAAAAGUCACAGAGAAGUCAAAGAGUUUAUAAAAGUUACCUAAAGAAAAAAAUCCAAAAAUUAUUGUAUUAUGUUAGCUAAUCCUUUUUUUAUUACUUUUUUGGGUUACGUUGUAAUUCAGAUAAAGAAACUUUUAAUUUUGCACAUUUCUUCUAAAAAUGUUUAUUAUGGUUUAAAUGAAGAAUUUUUUGUUUCCUUAAUCCCAAUCUAUUUUAUAAGACGAAACGAAAGUGUAAAAUACCCAUAUAAUUGUCUUGUUUGUUUAACAUCUUUCUAAUCGAAAUUUCAAUUUACUUUUUAAAAAUCUUCGUUGAAAUGCGAGUUGUACUCACCCGCUUACAGAAAAUAUUUGAUUUUUUUAAAUUCAAAUAAAACUAUUAUGAGUACUCGUAUUCACCGCAUACAGUUUUUUGAAAGCAGUCUCGGGACAUGAGAUCCCAACUGUGAAUUCUUUAAAUUCCAAAAUAAAAAUGUCGAAAAAUAUUGUUUUUAAGUGCUGUACUUUUAAAUGCUUAAGUGUUUAAGUGUUUAAAAUAAAUAAAUUUUUAUUAUUUUGAAAAUACUUACAGAAAAUUUACCUUAUUUCAGACUUUACCUGUAACCCCAAAUUGUGGAAUUUAAUUUAAAUUUCUUACAUAAAAGUAAUAGAUAUUAUUAAAAGAGAAGCAUAAAUUACAAAGUCAAAAGUGGUUUAUAUUCUUUUUUUUAUUUAAAUCGGUAGAUAAACUAUCUAAAAAUAUACCAUAAAAAUUUCAGAAGUCAAUUCGAAUUAUUUCCAAAGAUACAGAGAGAGAAGAUUUAUAUAAGAGUUCGAGCGAACAUCCGAAACUUUAAUGCGCGUUUUCUUUACUUCUCAUUUUGAUAAUUCCUUCAAAUUUGCGGGAAAGAUUAAGAAAAACUUAUGGACCGAUUUAAAUGAAUAAAGGCUUAUUCUGUUCAGAAUUAAA